AUGGCGGACCCACGAGAUGUGUCGCAGUACAAGUACUCGGCCAUGUCUAACCUUGUCCUCAAGGUGGACAGGAGGCUCAUCAACAGGCCCACGGACAAAGCGACUGGCGAGCCUGAGUCUAUCGCCGGCCGUUUGACCAUCAAGGAUAUGGGUUCCCGCGUCGCGCCCGACUCUGCGCCAAAACCUAAGAAACCCACCGCACUACCAGACGUCGAGAGGGGUAGUAUACAAGAAGGCCGAGAUGUUUUAUUAAGGGAACAGAGGAAACGCAAGGCUGAUAGCCAGCUGCGGGGCACCGGAAUUCUAGGCGCGGCCGAUCUUGCCAUUGAAGGCAUCCAAUACCGUCCUCGGACCGCCGCGACGCGCGCGACGUUUGAUCUCAUCCUAACCCUCGUUGCGAGCAGUCUCGGCGAUGUGCCCUACGAAGUCGUGCGAAGCGCAGCGGAUGCCGUUUUGGAAUACCUUAAAGAUGAGGACAUGAAGGACUUUGACAAGAAAAAGGAGGACGACGAUGAGGACGACAAGGCGUCCCAAGGAAGCGCCACCUUGGAUGACCGCCAAGGUGUCGCUGUUGCUUUCGAGGAUGAGGAUGAGGAAGACGACAUCGUUCCCGAAGUCCGCGACUACUCCUCCGAAGAUGAUGAAGCAGAAAGCGACGAAGAUGAUGCUACUAAAGAAGCCGACGGCGCGGAGGCGGAGGCGUUACAAGUCGGAGACGAGAUGAUCCUGGAUUCUGCUGAUGGCGCGAGAGAUGCGAAGGAGGACGGCAUGUCCGUCCCAGCGCGAGAGGUGGAUGCGUUCUGGCUCCAAAGGCAAGUGGGCAAGAUAUAUCCUGAUCCCAAGGAGCAGCACGACAAGACCCAGGAUGCUCUCGGGAUACUCUCCGGAGAGCCUGAUGAACCAGGCGGCGAAGAGAAGCCCUUGCGCGAGAUUGAGAAUGAUCUCAUGGAGCUUUUUGAAUAUGAGCAUCACGAGCUCGUUCAGCUUCUGAUAGAGAACCGGGAAAAGGUUGUCUGGUUGACGAAGCUCGCCCGUGCGGAGAAUAGCGAUGAUCGCGCAGCUGUUGAGCGCGAGAUGGCCUCCGAAGGACUGCAGUGGAUUCUGAACGAGCUGUACGGGAAAAAGCCCGACGACGACAAGAAGAAAAAGGUCGAUAUCAAGAUGGACCUCGAUGCGCCCGGCUCAUCUGCCAAUGGUGCGGGCAAGCCCGAGAAGCCGGACGGCCAGUUAGGCAACCAUCUCAUGACAAACCCAAAGGUCAGGUUGCCCGAGGGCUCGACAAAGCGCACUUUCAAGGGCUACGAGGAGAUCCACGUUCCCGCACCCAAGAAGCGAUCCGACCCCAACGACCCCCUCAUUCCCAUCACAGAAAUGCCAGAGUGGGCUCGUGUUCCCUUUAGCACCGCCAAGUCAUUGAACCGAAUCCAGUCCAAAUGUUACCCGACUGCGUUCCAGGAUGACGGCAACAUGUUGAUUUGUGCCCCCACCGGUAGUGGAAAGACCAACGUGGCCAUGCUCACGAUCCUCCGAGAGGUCGGCAAACACCGUAACCCCGAGACCGGAACCAUUGAUCUUGACAGCUUCAAAAUUGUCUACAUUGCUCCCCUUAAGGCCCUCGUCCAGGAGCAGGUUGGCAACUUUGGCAAGCGGCUGCAGCCCUAUGGCAUCACCGUUUCAGAGCUUACCGGCGACCGCCAGCUCACGAAGCAACAAAUCGCCGAGACUCAGAUCAUCGUCACCACCCCGAAAAACGAGAUCCAUCUCCUCCACGAUGAUCGCGGGCCGGUUUUGGAGAGUAUUGUCAGCCGUACCAUUCGUAAAACCGAGCAGACGGGCGACCCCGUUCGUCUUGUCGGUCUCUCGGCCACCCUCCCCAACUUCAGGGAUGUUGCCAGCUUCCUCCGGGUUGACAUGAAGACGGGCCUGUUCCAUUUUGAUGGAUCGUUCCGCCCUUGCCCCCUCCGCCAGGAAUUUAUCGGUGUGACGGACCGCAAGGCGAUCAAGCAGCUCAAGACCAUGAAUGAUGUCACCUACAAUAAGGUCUUGGAGCAUGUCGGCACGAAUAGAAACCAGAUGCUCAUCUUUGUCCAUUCGAGAAAGGACACUGCCAAAACUGCGCGCUACAUCCGUGACAAGGCUCUUGAGAUGGACACCAUCAACCAGAUUCUGCGGCACGACGCUGGCAGUCGCGCAAUCCUGAACGAAGCUUCCGAGCAGGCGACCGACAAGGACCUCAAGGACAUUUUGCCGUACGGUUUCGGUAUCCACCAUGCAGGCAUGAACCGAGCUGAUCGCGCGGAUGUCGAAGACCUUUUCGCCCAAGGGUCGAUCCAGGUUCUUGUCUGCACCGCCACCUUGGCGUGGGGUGUGAAUCUGCCUGCCCAUACCGUCAUCAUCAAGGGAACGCAAGUCUACUCCCCGGAGAAGGGUAGCUGGGUUGAGCUUAACCCGCAGGACGUGCUGCAGAUGCUUGGUCGUGCAGGUCGCCCGCAGUUCGACACCUAUGGCGAGGGCAUCAUAAUUACCACCCAAAGCGAGAUGACUUACUAUUUGUCUCUCCUGAACCAGCAGCUGCCAAUCGAGAGUCAGUUUGUGAGUCGCUUGGUGGAUAACCUGAAUGCCGAGAUUGUCCUGGGCAAUAUUCGCACACGCGACGAGGGCGUAGAGUGGCUCGGCUAUACGUACCUCUUCGUCCGCAUGCUUCGGUCGCCUGGUCUCUACCAGGUCGGUGCAGAGUACGAGGAUGAUUCCGCCCUUGAGCAGAAACGAGUGGAUCUUAUACACUCUGCGGCCACCGUCUUGCGCAAGUCAGGCCUCGUCAAGUACGACGAGAAGACGGGCAAGCUGCAGGCAACUGAGCUGGGCCGCAUCGCUUCACAUUACUACAUCACGCACGGAUCGAUGGAUACCUAUAAUACCCUUAUCCUCCCGGGCAUCACCACCAUCGAGCUCUUCCGAGUCUUCUCUCUGAGUGCAGAGUUCAAGUACAUCCCCGUUCGACAGGACGAAAAGGUUGAGUUGGCGAAACUUUUGAGCCGGGUCCCGAUUCCCGUCAAGGAGAGUAUCGAAGAGUCGCACGCCAAGAUCAAUGUCCUCCUUCAGGCCUAUAUUUCACGACUACGAUUAGACGGCUUCGCCCUGAUGGCCGACAUGGUCUACGUCACUCAAUCAGCGGGCCGCAUCUUGCGCGCCAUCUUCGAGAUUACGUUGAAGAAGGGCUGGUCGGAUGUCGCAAAGACUGCCCUUGACCUCUGCAAAAUGGCGGAGAAGCGGAUGUGGCCUACAAUGACACCCCUUCGCCAAUUCCCCAACUGCCCACGUGAUAUCGUCCAAAAGGCGGAGCGAGUCGAGGCACCCUGGAGCGCGUAUUUCGAUCUCGACCCGCCGAGAAUGGGAGAGCUCCUUGGCAUGCCGCGACACGGCCGAACCGUGUGUGGGCUUGUUGCCAAGUUCCCUAGACUAGAUGUGCAGGCCCUAGCUAAACCCCUUACGAGGUCUAUGCUGCACGUCACACUUGAAAUAACCCCCAACUUUGAAUGGGACGACGAAGUGCACGGCGCUGCCGAGAGCUUCUGGAUCAUGGUAGAGGACUGCGACGGAGAAAAGACGCUUUACCACGACCAAUUCAUUUUGCGGAAGGAGUACGCCAAGGCCGAAGAUAACCGCCACGUCGUCGACUUCACCGUCGAGAUAUUGGACCCCUUGCCGCCCCAUUACUUCAGAAGUUCCCCUCACACGGAACUUCUCAAGCUCCAACCUCUUCCCGUAUCGGCGCUCAAGGUCGAACAGUAUGUGAAGCUCUACCCUGACUGGCAGCACUUCAACUCGAUACAGACCCAGACCUUCAACUCGUUGUACAGCACCGAUGACAAUGUGCUCGUUGCCGCACCCACCGGAUCCGGCAAGACGGUCUGCGCGGAGUUUGCUCUUCUUCGCCACUGGGCCAAGAGCUCGGCCGGGAAAGCCCUGUAUAUCGCCCCGAACCAGGAGCUCGUAGAUAUCCGGUUACGCGAUUGGGAGAAGCGCCUAAGCCACCUACGCGGUGGUAAGCUGGUUGUCAAGCUUAGCGGUGAGACGGCAACCGACCUUGAUCUCCUCAAUAGGGGUGAUCUGAUUAUCGCCACGCCAUCUCAAUGGGAUGUUUUAUCACGGCAGUGGAGGCGCCGCAAGAACGUCCAGCUUAUUGAACUGCUCAUCGCUGACGAGCUGCACCUUCUGGGCGACAACCUGGGCUAUAUUUACGAAGUAGUCGUAUCCCGUAUGCAGUACAUCAGCGGCCAAACGGAGCGUCCUCUGCGUACCGUCGCGCUCGGUGUAUCCCUCGCCAACGCCAAGGAUAUCGGAUCGUGGAUAGGGGCGAAGAAGCACGACGUGUACAACUUUAGCCCUCUCGUCCGACCGCUACGCCUUGAGCUGCACCUCCAGUCCUUCUCGAUCCCGCACUUCCCUUCGCUCAUGCUUGCCAUGGCGAAGCCCACCUAUCUCGCCAUCACGCAGAUGUCACCCAAUUUACCCGCGCUAGUCUUUGUCCACAGCCGAAAGCAGACUCGCGCUACCGCGCGAGAUCUUCUUGCCGCAUGCUAUAUCGAUGAUGACGAAGACCGGUUCCUUCACGCCGAGGGUGACCAGCUCAAGCGCGUUCUUGACCACAUCGACGAAGAACCGCUCCGCGAAGCAUUGUCCCACGGGAUCGGCUACUACCACGAAGCCCUGAGCCAAAGCGAUAGGCGUAUCCUGGACUGCACCGCUCACCUCGUGAUCGUCAUGGGCACCCAGUAUUUCGACGGGCAGGAGCACCGGUACUUGGACUAUUCGAUGAGCGAGGUGCUUCACAUGUUCGGAAAGGCCCUGAUCUCGUCGGACAAGAGAAGCCGAGGCGUGCUCAUGGUACCGGCCGUGAAGCGAGAGUUCUACAGCAAAUUUUUACGUGAGGCGCUCCCGGUAGAAUCGCACGUCGCGGAGAACCUGCACGAUACCUUUGUCACGGAGAUCAGCACGAAGAUGAUACAGUCAGCCGGCGAUGCCGUCAACUGGACCACGUUUACGUACUUCUACAGACGCUUGCUCGCUAACCCGAGCUACUACGGCCUCACGGAACUCACGGAUGACGCCCUUGGCCGGUUCAUCUCGGACCGAGUGGAGGAUACGUUUGGCCAGCUGAACGAAGCCAAGAUCAUUGAGUAUGACGACGAAGACGGCUCCGUCGUGCCGCUGAACGCCGCCAUGAUUGCUGCUUAUUACAAUAUUUCGUAUGUGACCAUGGAGACGUUCCUGCUUUCGUUGACCGGCCGCACGAAACUCAAGGGAAUCAUGGAAGUCGUGACGUCCGCUACCGAGUUCGAGGCCAUCCAGCUCAGGAGACACGAAGGAGGCAUCUUGCGACGCGUGUACGAAAAGCUCCCGGUCAAAAUGUCUGGGGAGGUCAACUUCGACUCGGCGCACUUCAAGGCUUUCGUCCUCUUGCAAGCGCAUUUCUCGCGGCUUCAGCUCCCCGUGGACCUCAACAAGGAUCAAGAGGUCAUUCUAUCAAAGGUGCUUGGCCUCCUCAGCGCAGCCGUGGAUAUCCUUUCGUCCGAGGGCCACCUCAACGCCAUGAACGCAAUGGAAAUGUCGCAGAUGGUGGUCCAGUCCAUGUGGGAUCGCGAUAGCCCGCUCAAGCAGAUUCCCCACUUCACCGACGAUACCAUCAGGGCUGCUAACAAAUUCGGUAUCAAGGAUGUUUUCGAUUUCAUGGAGAGGAUGAACCCGGAGGAGAAUGACAACUACGAUGCGCUAGUCAAGGCUCUAGGCCUCAGCAACAACCAGCUAUCCCAGGUUGCCGACUUUACCAAUACCAAGUAUCCUGAUAUCGAGAUGGAGCACACGAUUGAAGACGAAGAUGAGAUCCGCUCCAACGAGCCGGCAUACCUGAACAUUACAAUCCAACGCAACGUAGAUGAGGAUGAUGAAGUGGAUCCGACGGUCCACGCACCAUUCUAUCCGGCGAAGAAGAUGGAGAAUUGGUGGCUCGUCGUCGGCGACGAAAACACCAAGAGCUUGCUUGCAAUCAAGAGGGUUACGAUCUUGAGGAAACUCGAGGUGAAGCUCGAGUUUACGGUGUCGACGGCUGGCAAGCAUGACCUCAAGCUCUACUUGAUGAGCGACAGUUACAUGGGCGUGGAUCAAGAACAGGAGUUUGCCAUCACGGCAGCUGAAGGAAUGGAUGUUGACGAUGACGAUGACGAGGACGACGAGGACGACGAGUAG